GUCUAUCAGCCCAUGACACCCGUAGAGCAACUUCCCAGCACCGAAAUACCCAUUCGCCCUCGGGAGUCUACAAACACCAUCCAGAUCUCCGUUUCGCUCACCGAACACUUUUUGAAGUUUGCACCUGUCUUCCAGCCCCCUCUGCCCCCCGACUCCCCGCAGUUCUGCACAAUCGCGGACCUCUUCAUUGACAAUUACCGCGUGAAAUGCAUCAAUGGGAAGAUGUGCUACGUACAGAGGCAGCCUCCCCCCGUGCCCCACAAGAUAAAGCCCGAGGAAGCCCCUGUUCGCAAUGCCUUAAUCACAAAAGAGAGCAAUACACCAAAACCAGAUCACUGCUCGUCCCCUUCCAGCUCCGAGGACUCCGGGAUCAAUGCGGUGGGGGUUCACUACAUAGAGUCGUGUGACGAGGACACGGAGGGGGUGGCUGAGCUAAGUUCAGAAGAAGAUUACAGCCCGGAUAGCAGCUGGGAACCAGAUGAAUGCCCGCUCUUGUCACCCUCGCAGUGCGAAAUGGAAGUGAUUGAGACUAUAGAAACCACUGUGUGAUCCGACAAGUUGGUAUAAGAUCAGUCCAGUUCCCACUCAGUAAUGUUGCUUUUGUAGUAUUUAUAUUUUCUGUUUUUUUUCUGACAAUCCCUUUUUUCCAAUGCACUUGAUAUUUCAGAUUCCUCAUGGGAGUGCAGUUAUGGGACUUGCAUAUUGGUGAACUAGCAGCAGCCUGAGCAGUUUUAACAUGUUCUCAGCCUGAUCAGAUCUCCCACAUCUGCACGUAAGGUAGUGAUAAAUCUUAAGACUUCUA